AUGGAUUCUGCAUCAGAAGAUUAUGUGAAUUUUCAACCUGGUGGAAUGCAUAAAAAGCAGAGAGAUGAAAGUGACCAGACGCUAAAGAAACAAAAGAAUGAACAAACCACAGGCUGGAAAUCUGUUCGUAAAUCCUUAAUUGAUGAACGUCAUCGAUUAGAUGCUACACAAAUGUCAAGACUAUCUAGCAUUUUUUCUGUAUUAACACGAAAUCAAUCCCAGGUAAUAACAGCCGGUGAUCUUCUGCAUAUUAUGAGAUCGUUAAAUGAUGCAUUAACUGAAGCAGAAUUACAUGAUCUAAUUUUAGAAGUGGAUAUUGAUCGAGAUGGAAAAUUAGAUUUUUCUGAAUUAUGCAUAUUUGUUGCUGAACGAAUAUAUAAGAAGAAAUUAAAUCGUGAUUUUGAGGAAUUAUUUCAAAUAUUAGAUCAAGAUGGUGAUGGCAAACUGUCAAAGGAUGACAUACAAAAUAUUUUACGCUAUUAUGAGCUUGACUUCAGUGAUGAAACAGUCGAUGAUAUUUUUAGGAAAAUUACUGGAACUGAAGAUAAUUGCAUUACUUAUUCACGUAAGAAAACUAAAACUGAACAUCGAUUUUCCUAUCAAAAUUUUCAUUUUGUUAAAAGUUGA